UACCAUUGGGCUUUCAUCGUCCAGUAUCAGCGUUCUCCCAGACUUCCUCUAUCAAUCCAUUCCCGAGAACCCUCUCUCUCUCUCUCUCCCUCUCUCUCUAUCUCUAAGUUGCAGAAAUGGUAGCUUCAGCCAUCUCAGCUCCGCUGAGUUUCUCAAUCGCUUCUCGCAACAGAGCGUCGCUUCUCUCAUUUGCUUCUCGUAGAAACUCAACAAAAUCGAUAAUCUGUGCCUUGCCCAGCCCUUACGGUGACUCCCCAACAAUUGGAUUAUCUAAUGGAAUACGUGGAGUUCCUCUAAAACUUGAGGAGCAGGCUACUAAUUCAAGUUAUGGUGCAAUAGAAGCUAGAAAAGGGAAUCCACCCGUAAUGCCAGCUGUUAUGACUCCUGGAGGACCUCUGGAUCUUUCAACUGUUUUAUUCAGGAAUCGCAUAAUCUUCAUUGGACAGCCAAUAAACUCACAGGUCGCUCAGCAAGUUAUAUCACAGCUUGUGACCCUAGCAACUAUAGACGAGGAUGCCGAUAUUCUGGUGUAUCUGAACUGCCCUGGUGGAAGCACCUACUCAGUGUUAGCAAUUUACGAUUGCAUGUCUUGGAUAAAGCCUAAGGUUGGCACAGUAUGUUUUGGAGUUGCUGCAAGCCAAGGAGCACUUCUUCUUGCUGGUGGUGAAAAGGGAAUGCGGUACGCAAUGCCAAAUGCACGUAUUAUGAUUCAUCAACCGCAGAGUGGAUGUGGGGGGCAUGUGGAGGAUGUGAGGCGCCAAGUGAAUGAAGCAAUUCAAUCACGCCAUAAAAUUGACAAAAUGUAUGCUGCUUUUACUGGCCAAUCUCUAGAAAAAGUGCAACAGUACACCGAGAGGGACAGAUUUUUGUCUGUUUCAGAGGCUAUGGAGUUUGGUCUAAUUGAUGGGGUCUUGGAAACAGAAUACUAAGCUCAGAAUCACACUACUUAGUGUUUGUUUGAGAACAGUGUUCAAGUGAUGAUCUGCAUUUGUAAUGUUUAAAAGGUUGUACACAACUAGUAAUUCAAACUUGAAUGCCAAUUUUUUGGAAAUCUCUGUUCGAUUAACCUUGGGUGCAUUUUAAUUUAUGGAAAUUUUCAUGGUAGAUUGCUGAUGUAAUUUUGUAAAUGUUUUUUAGGAUACCAAUAUCUAAACUUAGCUAAAUUACUGAAGUUGCUAAAUAAAGAUAGGUAUUACGUGAUCAUGUCUUUA